CACACAGUAUUACAGAGCAGUCCUCCAGCCCAUUGUGUCUGCAUGCACACAUGCACGCACACUCCCCCCCUCACUUGCCCCACUGACACUUAAAUGAGGGGCUGGCAUGGUGAGGUCUAUUCAGCUCCACUUGGCUCCUCAUCUCCAAACACAUCCUAGAGAGCCCUCAGCAUUCUCAACCACAUGACCUCCUCCCUGUCUAGUUCUGUCCACCCAAGUUCGGACCUUCCUGUCUAGUUCUGUCCAUUCACUUGAGCAGCCUGUCUACCUCUCCAGAAGUUGAAGUCCACUUUCCCACAUGGAUAGACACCUCUUCAGAAGCAUUGGGUCCUUGAGGUUUCCCAGCCGACAGACCUUGGCCUUUGGUUUGGAAAACCAGAGAUAAGCCUUGUUGGUUCUCCAGCCUGGGGAGGAGCUACCCUGCCUAAAUUCCCUAUCCUCUGUCAUUUUUUUUUGAAGUUUGAAAGGCUCUGAAGGCUAAGAGGACAGGACAAACCAUUACCCAAAGUACUUCAGUGCGUCCUAAAUAGGGCCUUGCCCCUCCUCCCCCCCUCCAAAUUUCAAUAGAAUUAGAAAAGCCAGCUCAAGGGUUUGUUUCAGCAACAACCAGAUUCUCUCUACAGGAUAGAAAAAUCCAGCCGCCUGAUGGCGAACCGCAACAUCAGGAUGCAAUUCGUCCAAGUAGGCACCAGGUGUCGCUGUGGACUCGUUAUCCCAGCUACCCCCCAAUUCCAAGAACCAUUUUUUUUUUUCCUCCCCCUUCCUUCUCUUUUUCUCUCACUCCCUCUCCCCCUUGGUUGGGCUUUGCCAACAUAUCAAGAUGCGUUUCGCCGGCUUCCAUCACUAACCUCCCGGAGGUCAUCAAGCCAAAUUUAUGAGUGGCCGCUCAAGUCACGUGACUCUAUUUAAGGCUCCCUUAUUUGGGAAGAGCGCAUAGGAUAAAGAAAGAGAUAUCUCCACCUAUAAAUUGUGCACUUUGGAGAACAAAAAAACCCCCUCAACUUCAAAGAGUCACAAAUCACCCUUAAUCAAAAAGGGUGCAGAAAUUUUUUUUGGGCCCUCCCCGCCAUGAGCUCCUACGUAGCCAAUUCAUUCUAUAAGCAGAGCCCCAAUAUCCCUGCCUAUAACAUGCAAACUUGUGGGAACUAUGGAUCGGCCUCAGAGGUGCAGGCAUCCAGGUACUGCUACGGCGGAUUGGACUUAAGCAUCACUUUCCCACCGCCUGCGCCUUCCAACUCUCUCCACGGGGUAGACAUGGCUGCCAACCCCCGGGCUCACCCCGACCGCCCCGCCUGCAGCGCCGCAGCCGCUCCGGGACACGCUCUGGGCAGAGACGAAGCGGCUCCUCUGAACCCCGGGAUGUACAGUCAGAAGGCGGCUCGCCCAGCGCUGGAGGAGCGAGCUAAGAGCAGUGGGGAGAUCAAAGAGGAACAGGCGCAGACAGGGCAGCCCGCCGGACUGAGCCAGCCACCGGCCCCGCCACAGAUUUACCCGUGGAUGACCAAACUGCACAUGAGCCACGAGACGGACGGCAAGCGUUCCCGAACCAGUUACACGCGCUACCAGACUCUGGAACUCGAGAAAGAAUUCCACUUUAACCGCUACCUCACUCGCCGCAGGCGUAUAGAGAUCGCCAACAACCUGUGUCUCAACGAGAGACAGAUCAAGAUCUGGUUCCAGAACCGCAGGAUGAAGUGGAAGAAAGAUUCCAAAAUGAAAAGCAAAGAGGCUCUUUGAGGCAACAGGAAGGAAGGCCCGCAGAGAGAACCCCCAACCCCUAACCCCCAAGUCGGCUUUUGGUCCCUGCGCCUUUCCUUUUCGAUUUUCCUUUUUCUGUGUUUUGGAGGUAGAGGCUGGAGCCGUGGCUCCUGGGCCUCACAGACAAAAAGCGCUUUUUUUUUUUUUCUCUCUCCCUUGGCAUUCUGUAUCCCCGCUGACCCAGGGUUCCCACGGGGCUGCCCGCACUGUCCAUCUCUCGUCCACUCAACUGGGUACUCGGCGGGGCCCAGAGCAUGUGCUGCAGGACUUGCCCCGAGGUCUGCCUGGCACCAGAGCUGGUACCGAGCGAACCUCAGCCUCAUCCGCCUUCUCUGGCUCCCAGCCCUGGUCUGCCCGCCAGAGUUAAGGUGGGUCAGGUCAGCCACAGGCCCUUCCCAACCUCACCCUCUCCUUUGUUCCUGGCUAGGAGGACCAGGCAGCUGCAGCCUGGUGAAAGAGUGGUUGUGCUUGGCAGAGUCUAUGGCCUGAUUUAGGGGUACUUCCUUAUAGUAACUGAAAUCCUUCUUCACUUAUUAAGAAUUUGCAUAUGAAAGGGGGAUGUGAGUGAACUUGGGCCUAGGGCCCAGGAGUUUGCCCGAUGCUAGCUUAACCUUCUUCUCAUCCCCCCCCCCCCAAAAAAAAGCCCAGGGAACCUCCCCAGCCCCAGCCUGCUGCAUGCCCUCUCAGGUUCUCAGCUCCAGCCUACUAGCUAGUUCGACUAUUGGGGUUUCCUGCCAUUGGACCCCAGCAAAUGGUUCUUGAGGCUCCUUGCUAUCCCAUACUUGCUGCCAUGACUUUCUUGCCCUCCUGACCCAUUGCUGUUGCCCAACUAUUUAUUGACUCCUAGUCUUUCCUGAAACUAUAUUUUGUCAUAUCAAAUAAAAGAGAGAACAGGACUAAAAGAUACAGUGGCUCCUGUCUGUUCAGGGCACAUAGCAUGGUAAACGGUGUCUAAGUGGGAAGUGAGGUUGGAGGAGAAGAUCCACGGACUCUAAGAUUUCUUU